AUGGAAGUCAAGACCAGUCGGCUAGAAAACCUCCUACGAUUUCCCGGUGCAGAUCCACCUGGUGGCCUCGUUUCUGAUGCUGCUGUGCUUUCAUGCGGCUGCCUUGUUUCUGAGGCCCAAUACCUCGCUGGUCCGAAAAGCUGUCCAGUAUGCUUUGAGGAGGCAUCCAUGAUAACACCAAUUGCUCCGCUACGAGAGCUCUACAAACUCCUAGAUCCAAAGCAAAGGCGAUCUUCGUCCCUGCGGCAAAGUCUACGAAAGCUGCUGGACCUGGCGCCCACGGAAAGUAUGGACUUGGUGGGACUCUUCUGUAAACUAGCUCGAGAAGAAACGGAGGGAAAGCGAGAGGUGGCCUUGCUGAGCUCGCCAGAAACAGAAAUGAAGGCGCCGAUUCUCAGUCCAGAAGUUCCAAAGCAGCCCGAGGACGAUCUCGACAAUAUGCUUCUGGGUUUGAACGAGCAGGAGGAGUACAACUUCAGCAGAUGCUUCCCAUUCCACAGAAAACUUACGACUUUCCAGACUGCCAAUAACAAACUCAAAAAGCUUUCUCUUCGGCUGUCGGCUGCACGCUACAACGGCUGUUCCUUGUGUACCCGCUACGAUAAGGCCGUGGGUGAAGAAAUCACCACUUUCGUUUUGAUCACAGACAAACGCUGGGAGCUCUACACGUAUAGACCAAGUCUGGGCAAGCCUUCCCUCCUAGCAUGCGGCAAGCUGACUGGUGAGUUUUCGUAUGGAUCUUCGGAGUAUAAGCCUUCUUCUAAGCCUGGGCUUAUAGUGAAGAAUGAGUUCGGAGGUAAAAGCACUUCUUCCGAUUCCGAGAGCGUGGGCUCAAAAUUGAAGCUGUGGGUACAUCUCUCGUGCUGCCUUUCGAGACGGUUUCUCGUGCUUGCCGGAACCAGAGGUGUGGUUCGUGUUCUCAAUGCUGAUCCAGAAUACGGCGAUGUGGGUGCUCCAGUCUACACGUAUUUGACAAACUUCCCUAUACGAUGCAUUUCCAUUGCGCCCAAGGAAAACCUCAUAGCUUGUGGAAUCACGGCUCGAGAGAGAAUGUCUGGAAAACAGCAGCCUUUCGUGAUUCUCCAUCAGCUAGACAUGGAUCAACAGAACGUCAAAAGCGUCCAUCCCAUAACCAUCACCAUUCCAUACAGAGAUCCACUCAAGGUCAUCUCAUUUAAUGCAGCGUCAACACACAUCAUUUGCUCCACGGUCUACGAAAUGCGCUACUUCAUUAUUCGUCUACGAUCCACACCUACCAGUGUUUGCAAAAAGCCCAUGCUCAUUUGGUCCGAUAUGAGAGUAGCCUCAAGACAAAAACUCGAAGAAAUGACAGGAGACCGAAGCUAUGAUACAAAUGUGGACGAUCAGGUCAUGGACAGCGAGGGAAUCACCGAUAUCAAAUUCGGUCUUCCUGGCACAAACACCAUUGCUAUCACCACUGCUUCAUGGAACAAUCGUCCGUCUUUGCUAGACGAUGUGGAAGACGAUAGAAACCUCCAGAUUACAGACUACGACGUUACGCUCAAGGUGCCCGAGAUCGGCUCUUCCAUCUACCGUGUCGAGUUUUCUCCUCGCGGUGACAGCAUUCUCUUUUUGGACAAGUCGGGUCGAAUAUUCCUCGUAUCUACUCCGAACGCCAGGACCACGAUGUCUCAGACCAAGAAAAUCAUAGUAUUACUAGGCGAAGCAGCAAACGCCGUUCGUCCGAAUGAGGCAGCUUCAGUGCUGUACUCGUCCGAUGGCGGCAAAAUUUUUGUUGUGGACCGUAGGGGUCUUUUCCAGGUUUUUGACUUCACCAAGGGUAUUCCCGGAGAGGACCCCGAGGUGAUUAAAUGCAAGAUAGUGAGCGUGUAA